ACAGUCAGGCGAGGCUGUGACGUUAUAUCCAAUAUCGACUAGAAUAUUUUAAAAUCAUUACUUAUUGACGUUCUGGUCUCUCAUCAUCAUUGAAUCUCUGCUAGGUCCAACGGAUACUUAUUUUUUGGGAGCAUCUGAUGACCUAAUGUGGUAUACGGACAGACAACAAAAUAUGCAGAGGAUACAUUAAGCAACAUGGAUUUGGUAAAACGCACCAAAUCAAAGGUGGGCCGCCUACAAAAUCUGAAAGGCCAGCAGCUCUACAGACAACUCCUCAACAAUGCCACCUGCGGUCUCACCUUCUCCAAAGAUGUUAUAUGGGAGAUGGGGUCAGACAGUAUACCUUACAGUCAAGCUGACUUCCACUGGCUUUUCAAUGCCUCUGGACCUCUGGCACCAAGUCCCAAGCCGAAGAGCACAGGGAUAAAAUCAAUGAAAGGUAUCCCCCUUCAUCCUUCACCUCAGGAUCCUGCCAAGAACAGAGGCUUCAGAGACCCUCCCUCUAUGCUCCCUGAAUUACAAAUAUCCCAUCUUGCUCCAUUGACUGCCAAAGGCUCCUCUACACUCCCUAGUCACCAGGGGGGGCUCUUGGACUCCUUUAAAAGGACAGGACUACGAGGAGUUUCUAAUGUUUACAACUGUCUCGAGGAAGCAUCUACAGGAGGCAGGGAGGAUCGUUUAAAGAGCUGCCACUGGGAUGAGUUUGUGCUAAAGAAGCUGACCAAGACCACAGCCCAGUGGAUAGUGAGUCAACAGAUUCCAAACCAGUGCCAGAAUAAGACUCGGCUGCAGUCACUGCUGAGGAGUCAGUAUGGUUCAGCCAGCGCCACAGAUCUAGUCAAUGAGGAGCCGAUGUGUGAGGAGGAUUUCUGCAGCUACCAAGAUCUCCACAAGCAGACUGAGAAGCAGCAGGCUCUUCAGAGCAGCAAGGCUGAGACACCUCUUCCAGUAUACUACAGGGUGCAGGGCUACUCUCUUCCCCCUGCAUGUUCUGAUGAGCCUGGGGGUAUGAACCAGACUGCCAACACUGUAGCAGUCAAGCACAUUGAAACCCCUCAACCUCCUCGUCUUCAGGAUAGCCUCAACCCCCGUCUUGGAAGCCAUGUCUUGCACACAGAGAAUAACUUUGAACAGGAGAUAUUUUCUGGAAUAGCCAAACAGGUACAUCAGCGAGAUCCACGGAACCACGAUCGCAUCAUCAUGGACAACAAUUCAGAGUACCAAAAGAACCUUCAAGACUUUUUCCCCUGUGGUCCAGAUAAGUGGACGAAGGCUUCAGCAGCAACCAUGCACAAUGAGACACAAGGUUGGGACUUUAACCAAAUAAAUGCAACCUCUGUUAAAGCAUGGUUUACCUCAUUCAAAUUCCAUUGGGUAGGAAUGCGACGGGUGGAGAAAGGUACUCGGCGGUGGGUGGACCUGCCUACCACUGCUGACUAUGCCACAGAGGUGGGUCUGAGACCUCCUGACUACAGCGGGAAGGACACAGAGGUGCCCAGACAGCAAGCCCACUACAACCCUAUGGCUGAGCUCUCCUCCUUACGUUACGCAGUGGAGGGAUGGAGGAGUGCCUGGAAGAUCAAGAUCACCUGGCAGAGUGUGACUAUUGAAGGGCUGAAAAGGGCCCUUAAAGACCUGCACUACCACGUUCGCCUGUCAGCCAUAGCCACUUGUGCAUCAGGGGCAGUGAACAGACCGAGGGAAAAGCAACAUCCCACAGAUGCAGGUCAGUAUGGCCGUGUGUGGGACAUCCAGCCAGUUCCUCAGGAGCUCCAGCCUCUUCUUCUCCUGGCUCUGGACGACCCUGUGAAGAGAGUUCAGAUGGCAGCAGCAGUGUGCCAGUACGCCAUGGGGACGCCAGACUCCCGAGCCCGCGUAAUCCUCCGCAAUGCACUACAUCAAGACUCUGCAGGUGUAGGUGCAGACAGCUGGGUGGCAGCACAGUGCCUGGCUGUGGAGGGGGAGCACAGUCGGCCAGUCAUUCAGAGACUUCUCUCCCAGCACUUCUUCAGUGAGGUUCACACAGAUAAUGAACAGUCAGCGGCUCUACUUGCCAGCAUCAGUAGCAAGACAACUCUAGUUCGCUCUCUGCUGGCUGAGGAGUUGAAUUGUGCCAACUGGAGGACCAGACUCUUGGCUUGCAACACUAUCUCCCAAUUGAAAGGACCAAUUAAUAAGGACCUUGCAAACAAGUUGAUCUACCUGAUGUGGAAUGACUGGAGUGGUAAUGUGAAGCAGGCUGCAGCCCAGGCCCUGGGGAAACUAGGAAUGGGAAGAGAUGUGCACAACGAGCUGAGAAUGAAGCUAGAGGAAGGUCCCGCCUCCUGGAGGGUGGAGGCUCUCAUCCUCAUAGCUCAUCUGCAGAUCAUGACCGCCAAGCUGCUGCCACCCUUCCUGAAAUGUUUCAAUGACAACUUUGUGGCUGUGAGGAAACAGGCCUGUCUGACUGCUGCAGCUCUAAUUAUGAAGUGCAGCAUGGUCUUGAAUCAGCUGAUUCAGCUAACGCAGAAUGACCCAGCAUCGGAGGUUAAAGUUGUUGCAAUCAGUGCUUUAGGGAAGAUCGGUUGCCUCACGCCCACCCUCCAGGACCACCUCCUCUGGGCGUUACAUCAUGAGGAGAAACCCCAGGUACGUAUAGCCGCCUGCAAGGCCCUAAAGAUCCUUAAAGUGAAGGGACCAGAGCUGCAGCACCUCCUACAGGAGCGGUUUGUACUGGAACCCCACCCCCAGGUCCAUAGGCAUAUACAGGGGCUCCUCAAAAACUAUGGCUACAGUAUUGAAGGAGACAGGGGCAUGGUCCACAAAAUCAAAGAUCAGGUUCAGAGGCUAUGCACCAAGAGCAUCAUCACAGACAAAGUGCUGUUGAUGGAGAAGCUGGAGGACAUGUACCAGCAACAGAGGAAGUAUCUGGUAAAUGAGAGCCGGCCGGACACUACACCAAUAUCACAGCUGCUGCAGGAACGCUACAACAGAAUGAAACAUUGCCCUUCCACAGUAAGGCCGACUCACUCCUCAGAUUCCUCUUCCUCCUCUAAAUGCACGCUUGAAUCCAGCUCUGUCAACAAAUCCUCUUCAUCUCAAGAUCAUCAACACUCCAUCAUGUGA